AUGGCUAAACCCUCAACCACUAAACUCCUUAUCCUUAGUAUCGUAGCUGUUCACGGGCUCGAUGGUCAUUGGAAAAGAUCAUGGACCGCCGAUAACGGGUGCUUUUGGCUUAGGGAUUUACUUCCUUCAAUUAUUCCUGGAGCUCGUAUCUAUUCGUUUGGCCAUAACUCUAAAACUAGGGGUAGUACCGUACCGCUUGCGUAUGAUAUUCCUGACCAUGGGAAAGAGCUGGUUUCCGCGCUUAGUAUAGAGCGACAAUUAGAAAAUACCACGAAAGCUCCCAUAUUUUUCAUCGGUCAUAGUUUAGGGGGUCUUAUCAUUAAGAGUGCCCUCUUACACGCGGAUACGGCUCAAGUUGGCCACCUUGAGAGACAAAAGGCUGUAAAAUUAUCCACUUAUGGUUUACUCUUUCUGGCAACUCCUCAUCAAGGAGGUCAGGGUGUCUCAAUCGCCAAAAUCAUCACUAAUAUUCUGUCCACGGUAACUUACACAAAUAAGAAGCUCCUAGAUCGAAUCGAACCAAAUUCCGAAUGGCUUCAGGAUCUCCAAUCUAGAUACAAUUCCAUAAGUCAAGAUUUUGCGACAACAUAUUUCUACGAGACCCAGGAGAUGAAAACCCCGAUAGGAAGUCUGCUUGUCGUGCCAAAGUUCUCUGCAGUUGUGUUCGGGGCCGUUAAUUCAGAGUCAGUGGCAAUGGCCGCUGACCAUUCAACGAUAGCCAAAUUUGCAAAUUCCCAGAACUCAGACUUCCGGAAAAUCUCUAGAAUUCUUCAAUUGUUCGCCAGUCAGGCGAAAGAAGCGGUGGCCUGGAACUGGAAGCGCUGGGAAGUAUUCAGGGGUAACAGACAAGAUCGCUUCCAUAAAGGAUCUGAAUUUUCGGCGUCAGAAUUCAAGGUUGGCAUCGCUUUCCAUCUUAUCAGAAACCCUCAGUUUUCAGGUCGACGAGGCAUACUACAACGCUUAGAUUAUUCACUGCGGAAACCGUCUGGCGGUAUUAACCCUAACAUAGUUGUGCUAUACGGGAGCGGCGGUGUAGGCAAGACGCAAGUUGCUCUCGAGUAUGCUUAUCGAUCCAGGUCAAAGGAAGCACUGGAUGAAGAACGGCGAGCAAAUAAGAGUCAAGGAUCCCGAAGAUUGUUCCUUUCGUGGCUAUCCUAUGCCGAUAAUUGCUCUUGGCUUUUAGUUAUCGACAAUGUCGAUGAUUUUGAGGGAUUCAACCUGCGCGAAUGGCUUCCUUCGACGUUUUGUGGUGCCGUUAUCAUCACAAGUCGACGUCCAGAACUAGCGAUCAAUUGGGAUUCUAUCAAGAUAAAUCAAAUGAAUUCUCAAGAAGCCCUUUCGCUCCUCGAGAAAAGCAGCAAGAUACAGAUAGAUCAGGUGCCAAGGAGUAAGUCUUUUCUUCUAAGGCUUUCUCUUAUGCAAAAAACAGCCGAGAGGCCAUGGGACAUAAAACAAGAUACUGUCUUGACUACAUGGGAGAUUUCAUUUAUUGCUAUUGAGAAACGGAAUCCCUUAGCUAUUCAGAUUUUCAGUAUCUGCAGCUUCCUAUCUCCGAAUUCUAUCCGCGAGGAACUUUUCGUGCAUCAGAAUACUAUACAAGCACAGGAGUGGCAGGUUUACGAAGCUUUUACAAUACUUUCUUCCUAUUCGUUUUUCAAACAAGCAAUCCACGGCUCAAGCAGAACUUUCUCCAUACAUCCCCUGAUACAUUUUUGGACAAGAAUCAGGAUGGACUCUGAACAGCAGCGACAAACAGCCAGGCGCACAGUAAGCAUACUACGAGAUCUCUCUUUGAAGCACAUUCCAACGAGUUCCCAUGCAAUUUUCCUCUCGUCACUUUUCAAAAAAUGGUCUCCAUGUGAUAAUGCACUUUCAAAUAUUAUACCUAUUACACCUGUGCCUCAGGAGAAAAGAAUUUGGCCUGUGGACCUACGAUUCGACACUACUACCCUAAUCAUCAAUACUUUGAGGUUGCUUGGAAGAGAAGCAUACGACCAUGCGGCCUUCGCUACGCACAAGCUUUUAACAAAUGGAAAAUUCGAAUCAGAAGACUGGGAAACUGUUGAUUUGAUCCCUACCCCAGAUGGACCAGAGGCUAUUAAAAAUCUGGAAUGGGUAUUGUGUCACGCCACACAACGAUUCUCAAUCAAGGGCCCUCGCGUGCUCGGUAUUGUCAGCGAGUAUGCCUCUGUGCUUCUUGAGAAUUCCCAAGGUGAUGGGUCAGCCGCCAGAGCAUGGUAUUUGUGGUUACUAACUACAUUGGCUGAGCAACUUGGCACCGAUAAUCCU